GUUUACAUUCGCUACGAAGAUGGCAGAUGGGAGUGUUUAGGUCUAACGCAUCAAGAAAUCGUAUAUGAUGUCUCUUCCGCCAAAUUUUAAUGUAGUCGGAUGUGAUAGCGAUUUAGCAAGUGAGAUAGACGAUGAUUUUAGCCAUUUCUUUUCGUGUACAAGUCGGGUAAACAGUGGUACAGCUGAAGAGGUGAGUUCUGUCUCCGGUAAUCAGGAUGAAGAUGUUGAUUUUGACUAUGACAUCGAGAGUGAUAAUGAUGAUGAUGAUGUGAGUAACGGCAUUAGCGUUAUUAAUUCGCCGAUUCUACAUACUCGGAUGAGAGUUUUUAUCAGAAAUGACGUUGAAAGGGACACAGAAAACGAUUCUGAUCAAGACACAUUACGUAGUGAUGACAACGAUGUUAAUUGAUGAUGAUGAUGAUGAUGAUGACGAAAAUAACUCGGACGAACGUGACGCUCAGCGUAAAUGUAAGAAGGGAUGUCUGUCCAAAUUUCCCAAUAUGGAUAUCAAAGAUAACAGAUUGAAUGUGCAGGGAAUGGAGAGAGAUGGCAGGGACAUGCUAAUUAUUGGACAGCUCCAGGCAUGUGGCAUGACAAGGGGAAUGCAUGGUCAAACUAACGUCAGACGGCAUCGCUUUGACUACCAAUUCCAGAACACAAGUGUUUGCAAGGCUUGUUUCCUUUAUGUUAAUAACAUAAAUGCACAUUACUUGAAAAACAUCAGGGCCCAUUUCGUCAAGUAUGGUGCUGUUCCACGGAUACAUGGAAAUACAGGGAAAAAAAUCCAAAAAUGCAGUGACCUAUGAUAAUGUUCAACAAGUUGUCCAGUUUAUUUCAAGGUAUGCAGAUGAGAUGGAAUUGCCCCAACCUGCUGCACCACGUGGACAGGACAGCUUUCCACCAACAUAUUUACCUUGAAGUGAAACCUAUCUAUCUGUCCAUAAGAAAUACAGCCAAGUAUGUAUUGAAACAGAAAACCGAUGCCUAUCUGAGACCACUUUCAGAAGAAUGUGGCACCAGUGUCUCCCACACAUCCAGUUCAUGUCCUGCAAGACAGAUGUAUGUCACAAAUGUGAAUCCUUUAGGAAUCGGAUACAGAAGGCCAUCACUGAGGCAGAUAAAAUGGAGGCCAGCACAGACUUUGCAGAACACAUUUCAUCAGCCCAAAAGGAGAGAGACCAUUAUCGACAAAAAUGUCAUGCUGCUAUUGCAGGUCUUCAGGGUCAUCCAAAGUCUACUGUUCCUGUUCCUCCAACUUCCAUGGACCUAAAUGAUGUCCACUACACAUUUGAUUAUGCUCAAAGUGUACUUCUGCCCAGUCAUUGCAGACAGGAAGGAGCUUUGUACUUCAGGUCACCAUAUAAAGCUAAUCUAUUUGGUAUUUGCAAUGAUGGUCGGUCCCUGCAAACAAAUUAUUUGUUCGGCGAGGAUCAGUCCAUUGGUCUGGAUGGUGCCCAGAGCCACUCGGCCAAUGCUGUUGUAUCUAUGUUGCACCACUUCUUCGAAUACCAUGGGGAAGGAGAAAAAACUGUGUAUUUGAAUGCAGACAAUUGUGGUGGCCAAAAUAAGAAUCGGGUUGUCACAAGCUAUCUGGCUUGGAGAGUGGCAAAUGGAUAUCAUGAUGACAUCCAUCUACAUUUCAUGAAGCCAUAUCAUGCCCGUUGUCUUGUUGAUGGGAUGUUUGGUAUUGCCCGAAGGAAAAUCCGACGCAAUAAUGUGGAUAGUUUAUCUGACCUGAAGAUGACAAUUCAUGCUUCAUCCUCACAUAACCAGGCAGAUUUAUACAGUGAGAUGUCACCAAAUUCGUGGAUCUGGAGAGACUGGAAACAAUUCUUCAAGCCUGUAUUUAGAGCGGUUCCUGGUAUUGGGAAAUACCAUCACUCUCACUUUGCUUCAACCACUUCAGGAAUGGUUACUGUUAAAAAAAGUGUUGACAGGGAGACAACGCCAGUGAGGCUUGUGAAGAUGGGGAAGAUUAUUCCACAGGGUUUGCCAGUGAGACUGGAUGCAAAGGGUACCUGUACAAAAACAUCAGGCCUUUUGUAAAGGAUCCGUCUAAGGACCUUCUAUGUCCCCUGCCCACUGUCCCAGAGCCCACCUCUAGACCCAUCCCACACAGAAGAGUGAACUGAAAGUUGAGAUCAAAAUUGUUAUUGAUGAAAACUUAAUUACUGUACACAUGCUUUUAUUUUAUAUUGUGAAAUGAGCAUUGCUUGUUAGGAUACAGUUAAAUACAAUUUAAAAAUAAAUGUUUUAUCUUCUUACACUACAUGUAAUUAAUUGUAACAAUAUGAUCCUGAGGGAGUCCUGGAGUUCACUUUGCAAUCUGUUUCUACCAAAUAAAAUAUAAAAUGAUUGUUAUUUGUAUUAGGUAAGGGAUGUGACUGAUUGUUUUUGUAUGUAAGGGAUGUGACUGAUUGUUUUUGUGUGU